UCGGUCCGUUGACGUCCUGUCUGCUUGGGCGCGAUCGAUUAGACUCGAUCUUUCAGCUCUUCCUUCGCACUACCUCUCCGCUGAUCUUUCCUAUCCACCAGACUAGGACCUUUCACUGAGCGACUACACCUUCCUUCGGUUUCGCCUUGACGGCCGCGAGCGGCAAUCAUGUUCGGUCCCUGGCUAGUCAUGUUCGCAUGGCUGAAGAAGCGCACGCCAUCCAGUCUGAAGGCUCUCAUACCACACGCCAACUUCAUUACACUCCACUAUGCAUAUAUUAUUUCGUGGGCGCUGAUUGGGUCCGUCAUCAUGUAUGGUGGUGGUCGCAUACCGUACAUCGAUGCGCUCUUCUUCGCCAGUGGCGCAGCAACACAAAGUGGUCUGAAUACAAUUGAUAUCAAUUUAUUGGACUUGUAUCAACAGAUAACCAUUUACAUCAUCACCAGCUUAUGUACGCCCAUCUUCAUCCAUAGCUCCGUCGUCGUCGUGCGCCUUUAUUGGUUCGAAAAGCGCUUCCAGAAUAUCGUACUCGAGAGGGGAAACAAGAGCGGUCGGACCCGCACGCUUUCUAAGAGGAAGAGUGAAAUGAAGGCUGUGACAGAUCGGAAUGCUGGACAGGAAGAGCAAGCGGUUGGUGCGCGCGAGAUCCGGGUCAUGCGUGGCUCGAGCGGCCAUGCACACGGUGGAACAAUCGCAAACGAAUUCGCCUUCAGUGACGGACUGGACUGGACAGGCAAUGGCAUAAAUCCUCGGAGAUCCAGUUCCAGCGAGGAUGAGAUGCCUCCGUUUCGACCCACGACUCCCGUACAAAACGCUCCUACCGGUAUUGUCUGGGCGGACAACCUUAGCACGCCCACCGAAAAGAAGCCUAGGGAGUCGCUUGAAGAAUCUCCUGGUGGCCGCCUUCCGCAAUCUAACAAAGAGAGAAGCAUUGCUUUCGUAGAAGCACAGCGUAACCCGACAGCGAGGAACAAGCUGCGCAUUCCGGGCCCACGCGAUUUUGACCAGGGUCUCAUCCCAGAGGCGAUCAAAGGAGAGGAGCUGGAUAGAGUUGCGAGUAGGCUGUCACAUGAGUCCCAUCCAAAACGCGAGCGCUCGAACUCUGUUCCUCACGCUUUGAAUGGCGACGAUCGGCCACUGAGAAACCACAUCACCAUCGACGUACCGGACCGACAGGCACGUCCUACUGGGCACUCCGUUUAUGACAGAACCAGAACGAAUGAAGGCGAUGCAACUGUUCCUGCGCCAGGAAUGCAUAUGCGUAGCAGGUCGCGGUCAAGGACCUUGACCAGUUUCCUUACUAGGAAUAAGGACGAAGAGGAAGAAGAUCCGAUGCCAUACCUCAGCUGGACCCCAACUCUCGGACGUAACUCGAAUUUCGUGGAUCUAACCGAAGAGCAAAGAGAAGAACUAGGCGGUAUCGAGUACCGUGCUCUAAAACUCCUCGCCAUGAUUCUCAUUAUCUUCUACCUUGGCUGGCACACCAUUGGUGUUAUUUGUUUGGCACCCUGGAUCAAUCAUGAUGCUCAUUACAGCAACGUGGUGAGAGAAGUUGGCGUGGAUCCGACCUGGUGGGGUUUCUUCACUUCAGCUUCCUUGUUUAAUGACCUAGGUUUCACACUCACUCCAGACUCGAUGGUCUCUUUCCAGCUAGCUAUAUGGCCUCUUGUACUGGGUACCUUCCUUAUUAUCAUCGGCAAUACUGGUUUUCCCUGUAUGCUUCGCUUCACCAUCUGGAUGUACUCCAAGAUGGUACCCAAGAGCAGCGCCAUUUGGGAAGAGCUUCGCUUUUUGCUAGAUCACCCACGUCGAUGCUUCACUUUACUUUUCCCAAGCAAGGCAAACUGGUGGCUGUUCUGGAUCCUUGUUAUUCUCAACGGUGUAGAUCUGAUCUUCUUCAUCAUCCUCGACCUCAACGAUCCGACUGUCACUUCCCUGUCGGGUGGUCAUCGCUUUCUUGCCGGUCUUUUCCAAGCUGCCUCAACUCGUACUGCAGGUUUCGCUGUAGUCAACAUUGCUGAUCUGCACCCUGCAGUACAAGUCAGCUACCUCAUCAUGAUGUACAUAUCUAUUUUCCCUAUCGCUAUGUCCAUCCGCCAAUCCAACGUGUACGAGGAGAAGUCCCUGGGUGUUUGGGCCGCAGAAGACGAAGACGAAGAGCAAUCGAGCUACCUCUCGCACCAUUUGCGCCGCCAACUCUCAUUCGACUUGUGGUUCGUCUUCUUGGGGUUCUUCCUCAUCGCCAUCAUUGAAGGCCCGCGGCUCGAGAACACAAACGAGUACGCGUUCAGUCUCUUCUCCGUCCUGUUCGAAAUCGUCUCAGCAUAUGGUACUGUAGGAUUGAGUCAAGGCUUCCCUGGUUACAACACCUCCUUCUCAGGCCAGUUCAAGACACUGAGCAAACUCAUCAUCAUUGCCAUGCAGAUCCGUGGUCGCCACCGUGGACUCCCGUACGCACUGGAUCGUGCUAUCUUGCUUCCGUCGGAAACUUUACACCAGAAAGAGAACGAAGAUGCAACGAGACGCGCACGACGUAGCAGUAAUGCUAUGGAUAUGGGAAUCAGUAUGAGUAUGGAUGGUAUUACCCGAACAGGUACCGGACUCAGUCGCAAGAGUACCGCAAGUGGCGAGAGACCCCCACAAAGUAAACCCAAACAGCUGAAACGCAUUAUCAGUGGUGCUUUUAGUGCAGGCCCAACGGGCCAAUAUAGAGAGAAGAGGGCAUGAUAUGUUCUCCCUUUGUGCGACAUUCUGAGCAUUCGAGGCGUUUUAGAGUAAGGCGCAGAAUGGUGUUCAUCGGUUUUAUAUAUAUUUUUGUUUGUGCUUUUAGGCGCUUCGACGAGCUUUAGAUCUGAUAGCGUUUACGCGUGCGAUGCCUUUCCACACGAUGUUAUUAUCGUUGCUAGUACAUAUUGCUAAGAUGAAGUAUACUUAUGUUACAUAUUUCUGUUGUCGAUUGAUACUAUGAUAUGACGUAGAAGCUGAUCCGUUCAGCUCCAUGUCCAACCCUCAAAUAUCU